CUUUAACUUCCCUGGCCUGGUAAUUCACUUCAUCUAUCUCACUCUUUGUUCUGGUCCACAUGACUUUGACUCACGACCAAGGAAUGACUUACUCCAAAAUGAGGAGGCUUGUGUCAUUUUUCUCAGCUCUGCUCAAGGGGAGGAAAAAUCUCUUCGGGGAAUUGUUACACAAACCCGGCCCCUAUCAGCCCCUUUGCCAGCACCAGGACACUCCGAGGAUCCCUCGCCCAUGGAACAAAAAAAGUAACAAGACGAUGGAGGACAAAGGCACCAUGGUCGCAGUAAAGUCUCACCUCUCCUUGAUGAAACCUUCUGACUUUGAUUACCUCAAAGUUAUCGGCAAAGGGAGUUUUGGAAAGGUGCUGCUGGCACGACAUAGAAAACAUGGAGGCUACUAUGCUGUGAAAGUAUUACAAAAACAGACCAUUGUUAUGAGGAAAGAGCAGCAACAUGUGAUGGUUGAGAGGAGCGUACUACUUAAAGGACUACAGCACCCCUUCCUGGUGGGACUCCACUACUCCUUCCAGACACCAAACAUGCUCUACUUUGUCGUGGACUACGUGAAUGGAGGAGAGCUUUUCUACCAUCUCCAGAAAGAGGGCUCAUUUCCUGAAAGCAGGGCUGCUUUUUACGCUGCAGAAAUGGCCAUGGCGCUGGGCUACCUUCACUCCUUAGACAUUGUUUACAGAGAUCUAAAGCCGGAGAACAUUUUGCUGGAUAGCGAAGGUCACGUGAAGCUGACUGACUUUGGACUAUGCAAGGAAGGCGUGGCUGCAGGCGGGCUUAUGCGUACUUUCUGUGGAACGCCUGAAUACCUGGCUCCGGAGGUGCUGCAAGGUCACACGUACAGUCCUGCAGUGGACUGGUGGGGACUUGGCAGUGUGCUUUUUGAGAUGCUAUAUGGACUGCCUCCAUUUUACAGCCACAGCAAAGCAGAGAUGUUUGAGAAGAUACUCCACGCACCUCUUCACCUGCGUAGCGGAACAUCUGAGGCGGCGUGCUCACUCUUAGAGGGCUUACUGGAGCGAGAGGUCUCCAGACGCUUGGGGGAGAGCCGUGACAUUGAGGAGCUGCAGGAACAUCCAUUCUUUGCUUCUAUCAACUGGGAUUGCCUACUGGCCAAAAAAGUCAGACCUCCAUUCAUCCCCAAUGUGACGAGUCCUUGUGACAUCAGCUAUAUCGACCCCGAGUUCACGCUACAACCCGUGCCUGCCUCCAUGAAUGACAGAUGUCCAAUUGGCGGGACAACUGAAACCUUCAUAGGGUUCUCCUACAUGAAGACUACAUGAGCUGCCAUGUGGCUUCCAGGAGUAACAAUUGUACAAAGUAUUUAUUUAUUUUUCUAUGCAAUAAAUGUAAAUCAUGUGUGUAAUUUGUUCACUCUCAUGAAUAUGUGUUUAAGUGUUUUACUUGUUGUCUGUCUGGUUGCCUUCGAAUUGACUGGCGAGCAGUCCAGAUUCCAGAUCCCUGAACCGGAUAAGUGAUAUAGUAAAUCAAUGUAUGGUAAAUGUGUUUGGAUGAUUUUGAAGUGCUUGCAGUGGCGCCACCAGGGGGUGGCCAGGGGUGGCCACAGCCCCCCCAUAAAUUUGUUGGCCACCCCGCUUGCCAGUAUAUCGUUAGAUUAUUGUAGCAUCAGUUAUGCAUUUCAUCCCAAAUGAAUGCAUUAAUUUUGUUUUGUUAAAUGUACACCUUAUGCCUAAAAUAUACAUAACACAAUAAAACAGAAUUGUUGUGGAACUCAAAAUAUUGACUGGACAUUAAUGGGCUAUGCACAUUAAAUCAUUAGUAACAUCAAAUAUUACACAAUACACCAAAGUAUGUCAGUAGCCGUGUCCUUAAGUCUUAAGUCUGAUAGUUUUCCCCUUACCUUUUUACUGCAACAAUAUAAUGAAAACCUGAAAUUAUGGCUUUUAGUUUUGGUGUGCUACCGCAAGAUUUUAAUUGGCUCCAUCUGACCACCCCUAUGAAAAA